AUGAGGGAUACUAUUAUCUCAACCCUAUACAAGAACAAGGGAGACCGCAUUAAUGGCAACAAUUACCGUGGCAUCUCACUUCUGUGCAUUGCUGGAAAGCUGUUUGCCCGAAUAGCAUUAUACCGCCUUCAAAAGAUCACUGAAAAGGUGUACCCUGAAUCCCAGUGUGGUUCCCGCUCUAAUCGGUCGACUGUGGACAUGAUUUUCUCUUUGAGACAACUCCAGGAGAAGUGCAAAGAGCAACAACAGCCACUCUACAUUGCAUUCAUCGACUUGACAAAGGCCUUUGACCUUGUCAGUAGAGACGGCCUUUUCAAGAUUCUGCCCUUACUCCUGAGCUUUAUCAAAUCGUUCCAUGAUGGGUUUUGGGUACAGUGCAGUAUGACGAAAACAGAGCCAAGACCAAAGGUAGCCAUCCGUAACCUUCUCUUUGCCGAUGAUGUUGCCCUCGUUGGUCACAGCGCUGAAAAACUCCAACUCCUCCUCAAUCAGUUUUCUGACGCAUGUGAGGACUCCAGACGUACAAGUAACCUAAAUAAGACGAAAGUCAUGUCCCAUGACAAUGCAGCCACAUCUGCCGUAACGAUCAAAGAUUACAUCUUGGAAGCCAUCACACAGUUUACCUAUCUCGGCUCCACCACCUCAAACAUCAACGGCCCUGAAGUGGAGAUUGAAAAGAGAAUUGGCAAGGCUGCAACCAACGUGGCGCAGCUGCCUUCCCGUGUCUGGGAGAACAAGAAGUUAACUACCCAAACUAAAGUUGCUGUGUAUCGUGGUUGCAUGGUGAGCACCUUAUUGUUUGGUAGCGAGUCGUGUCCUACCUUCACUAGUCAGGAGAAGCGCUUUAACAUCUUCCAUAUGAGAUGUCUUCGUCGCAUCCUCUCCAUCUCAUGGACAGAUAAGGUCUUUAACAAUGAGGUACUUGCAAGAGGCAAUAUCCCCUCCAUGUUCACCCUGAUAAGACAGCGCAGAUUGAGGUGGCUCGGUGAUGUGUACCGGAUGGAGGAUGGGUGA